AUGUGCAAGAAGGCUACCUGCUCUAACUGCCACAAGGCCACCUGGUGGGGCUGCGGUAACCACAUUCCCACCGUCAUGGAUAGCAUUCCUUCUGAGGAGUGGUGCACUUGCACGCCCAAGGUCGAGAGCGAGGGAAAGCAGUAUCCUCCCAAGGCUGAUAGCCUUUGA